GGUACAUACCAAGUUACCUGGACAAAGAUGAGCUCUGUGUAGUGUGUGGGGACAAAGCUACGGGCUAUCACUAUCGCUGUAUCACCUGUGAAGGUUGUAAGGGCUUCUUCAGGCGGACAAUACAAAAAGACCUCAGGCAAACCUAUGCUUGUAAGUACGAGGGAAGAUGUGCCAUAGACAAGGUGACCAGAAACCAGUGCCAGGAUUGUCGCUUCAAGAAAUGUAUAGCGGUUGGAAUGGCUACAGACUUGGUGUUGGAUGAGAGCAAGCGGCUCGCCAAGCGUAAGCUGAUUGAGGAAAACCGGCAGCGUCGCCGCAAGGAGGAGCUACAAAAAACAGCGAUGGAUCAACACGAGCCCUCCGAUAACGAGUGGCAUCUCAUUCGUAUGACUACUGACGCCCAUAUGGCCACAAAUGCUCAAGGAAAUUACUGGAAGCAGAAGCGGAAAUUCUUGGUGGAGGAAACAAUGCUCCUUAAUGAAAUAACAUGUAAUUUAUUCUAUACCUCUGACCAGAGCACGGCGGGGAUGACUGAAACUAAGCCUGCCAAUAGUGGUCAUUCAUCCACGGCAAAUAUCCUGGAAGGGAAUCAAGUGGAUUUAGAGGCAUUCAGGCAAUUUACAAAAAUUAUCACCCCUGCCAUAAAACGAGUGGUGGACUUUGCCAAAAAGCUGCCCAUGUUUUGUGAGUUGCCAUGUGAAGACCAGAUCAUUUUGCUGAAAGGCUGUUGUAUGGAAGUCAUGUCGUUGCGUGCUGCUGUUCGCUAUGAUCCAGAGAGUGAGACUCUCACACUUAAUGGAGACAUGGCCGUCACACGAGGUCAACUGAAGAAUGGAGGCCUGGGUGUAGUGUCGGACGCCAUUUUUGACCUUGGUGUCUCACUCUCCUCCUUUAACUUGGACGACUCUGAGGUGGCUCUUUUACAAGCAGUUAUUCUGCUUUCAGCGGAUCGCCCAGGCCUGAGUUGCGUGGAGCGGAUCGAACGCUGCCAAGAGGAGUUUCUGCUGGCUUUUGAACAUUACAUCAACUACCGCAAACAUAAAAGUCAUAUUGGAUAA